CGGGAUCCAAAGGGGAGGGAAUGCCAUGGCCACCUCAUCAUGCGCACUGAUUACGAGAAGGAGGACAUGCUUAUGACUCUCCUUCUCACUUUGUUUGCAGAUCGAUGACUUCACACGAUCUGUGCCUGACUAACAAAUAAAAAAAUACGUGGUCCACUUGUAAAGGACAGAGAGUCCUUUCUGCUCCAACCACUCAACACGCUCCUUCGCCGCGUGUAUGCCUGAUUCAAUCGCCGAACCUCUUGUACAUCCACUUUUUCAUGCCCGCUCCAUAUCGAUAGACCAGCAUCUUCCCUCUCACCACACUUCUGCCCCAUACCAGGAACGAGCAGAGAACGCCCUUGAACUAGUAGACUUUGACGACCAAGAAAAGUCUCGAAAUCCACAUUUGGCGUCCGAACAAGAGGAGGAAGGAGACGACCAGCAUCCCGAGUCUGAAGAUUCCGAAAGAGACCACCUCGUCCCCGCAGAAGGCUCCGAGUCACAGAUGAAACGCAACAAGGCCAAAAAGAACAAGGACAAACAAUCACCUUCGCGGCCGAACCUACGGAUAGACACCGACAGUAACGGGUUUGCGAAUGGCCACGCAAACGGCACGAUGGACAAACAUAUCGAGAUGAGGCGAAAACACGUCUCGAACGAUUCGACGCCAAAUGCCACGAGGAUCAUGAGCCGAGAGGAUUUUAGCCUCGACAAUGAGCCGCUGCCACCUCCGACGCCGCAAACCCCAGGCAUGGUCAAUACCAGUUUCUCAAACUUGCCAGUGAAAGACAAGCGAAAUUUCCUCCUCCUAUGCCUUCUCUACUUCCUCCAGGGUAUUCCUAUGGGCCUCGCGUCCGGGUCCGUCCCUUUUCUCCUCAAGAGCUACCUUUCUUACGGCCAAAUCGGCAUUUUCUCUUUGGCUAUAUACCCGUACUCACUGAAACUGUUGUGGAGUCCCAUCGUGGAUGCCGUAUGGAGUCGACGCUUCGGCCGAAGAAAGAGUUGGAUUACUCCCAUACAAACAAUAUCUGGAUUGUCGAUGAUCUACCUUGGAGGAAGGAUCGACGAGCUUAUGAAAAAGGCCGGCGAAAGAGAUGGUGCAGGAGUAUGGGGUUUCACUGGCUGGUGGUUUCUUUUGGUCUUCCUCUGUGCCACUCAGGACAUCGCCGUGGAUGGGUGGGCUAUUUCGCUUCUGUCGAUGCAAAACAUCUCGUAUGCAUCCACGGCGCAGACAGUUGGACUGACGGCAGGCUCCUUCUUGUCCCAUACCGUUUUCUUGGCUCUACAAGCACCAGAUUUCGCCAACAAAUGGUUCAGAACUGUGCCUCAAGAUUAUGGUUUGUUCACCCUGGGUGGCUACAUGGCUUUCUGGGGCUGGGUGUACCUCCUAGUGACACUGGCGAUUGCCGUGAUGAAGAAAGAGGACAAAACCAACGAGCGUGAAGGUAUCAUGGAGGUGUAUCGCAGCAUGAUAGCCGUUAUGAAAUUACCCAACAUCAUUACCAUCGUGAUCAUUCACUUGGUUGGAAAAUUGGGAUUUGUGACCAACGAUGCGGUCACGAACCUGAAAUUACUCGACAAGGGAUUCGGCCAAGCAAACAUGGCUCUGGUCGUUUUGAUUGAUUUUCCAUUCGAGCUGGGUCUGGGAUAUUACGCAGGGAAGUGGUCUACCGAGUAUACGCCUCUCAAGUUAUGGUGCUGGGCAUACGUCGCACGACUUCUUGCGGCAGUUUUCGCUCAAUUCACCAUCAUGAUCUAUCCGACCGGUGUCAAUGAGGCUGUUCCCCUCUGGUACAUGCUCGUGGUUAUUACUGAGCACGUCUAUUCGACAUUCAUGAACACAGUCAUGUUUGUCGCCGUGUCUGCGUUUCAUGCUCGGAUUGCCGAUCCUGCAAUUGGCGGAACGUACAUGACUCUCCUAGCUACUGUUUCCAACCUCGGCGGAACAUUUCCCAAAUUCUUCAUACUCAAAUUCGUUGAUAUGUUUACGAAAGCAACAUGUAUACCUCCCACUGACGUGGAUGCUUUUAGCAAAGCUCAUCCGGACGUCACACCGAUCACGAGUCAGUUUAGUUGUGCCCUCGAGGCAGAAAAGAAUCUGUGUCUGAAGGGUGGUGGGACCUGUCUCAUGCAACGAGAUGGAUAUUAUAUUACGAACAUCGUCUUUGUUCUCAUUGGUGCUGCCCUCUUUUGGAUGUACAUAGAGAAGAAAGCGUUGGCGUUGCAGGGUCUACCAUUACGAGCAUGGCGAGUUCAGACUGAUUCAUCAUCAUAUCACCGGGUGGCGACUUAGGGGAUGUAUGUCAACGAAAUUGUAUUAUUGUAGGGCGAAAGAUAGACAGCCAAAAGUCAUCUUUUUGGAAAUUUGAG